AUGGCGCUGGCCCUCAUCCUGGUGCCCCGACCCUCCCUGUCACUGCACCCCAGCCAGGGGGUGUCCCUGGGGGACUCUGUCACCCUGCGCUGCCACCUGCCCCUGCCGGCUGCCCGGGUCUGUGUGUACCAGCACAAAUAUUUGAGAUUCCUCAAGAACAUGCACAAGGAGGAGGACACAGCUGAGUUCUCCUUGGUUGAAGUAAGGCAGGAAGAUGCAAUGAAGUAUCAGUGCCAGUACCAAGGGCUGGCUCCACCAGGGACAUCGGAGAAGAGUGACCCCGUGGAGCUGGUGGUGACAGAUUCCAGCUACUCCCCACCUGGCAUUUCCCUGAGCCCUGAGGAACAUGUGGAGAUGGGGACCAAUGUCACCAUCCAGUGCUGGAACCUGGGUUUGCACGGCACCAUCUUCCUGCACAAGGAUGGGCACUCAGCCCCCAUCCAGCACCAGGACCACAGUGCUGGGAGCACGGCCACCUUCACCCUCUUUAGAGUGACCCCAGCCAAUUCCGGCACCUACAGCUGCUCCUACCGCCCUGGGGGCUCCUACUUUCUGUCCUCUCCCCUGGGGGACAACGUGAGGCUGGAGGUGACAAACGCAACUACACCCCCAGGUGCUGAGAGGAUGUCCCAUGGGAACCUGGUGGUGGCAGUGGUGAGGGGCUGCGCUGCUGCCCUUGUCUUUGGCCUGGGCCUCCACUUCAUCCUCGAUGCCCGCAGCUUCUGGAUACGGAGAGAUGAGAGUCCUGGUGGGAAAGGCACUUGAAUCACUUUGAUACCCAGCAGAGCACCUUUCGAUCCCCCCAAGUGUCUUCUGCUUCCUCUUUGAUAUCAUCUAUACACCCAGUCUCUCAAUCCCCCUUUCCAUCUCCUAUACAUCCCCCCAGGUGCGCCCUUCCUCAUCUUCCAUCCCCUAUAGGUGGAUAAAUCCCCUUCACUUUCCCCUGCUGUUGCUUCCAUGCCCUAUUGAUCCCCCUCGUUCUCUCUGGUGCCCUCCAUAACCCCCAACCCACUCCCCUCCCCAUUUUCAUGUAGCUGCCCCCCUCAGGAAGGCUGAGUUCAUUAGGUUCCAGGACAGUGUCUG